AAUAGUCUGCGUUGUCAUCAGUGGGGGCGAACCUAAGGACACUGUAGGAGGGUCCUAUUCUUUAAUGUUUUUUUUUGUGAGAACACUUGUGGUCUUUGACUCUUCUUCUUAGAUUUGUUUUAUAUCUUUGAUUGUGUGUGAAUAUAAUGUUUGAUCAUUAUAUUAAAAAAAGAAACUUGAGAAGCUAGCUAGCUGGUUUUCCUAAUGAGGCCAUCCAAGAGCUCAAACAUGUCUACUGCAACACCUUAUCUGUUUCUGCUCAUAAUAAUAGGAUCAUCUUUUCUGGAAGCACAGAAACUUCCUCAAGAUGAGAUUGUGGCCCUCGAAGAAAUUGGCAGGCAGUUGGGAAAAAAAGAUUGGGAUAUGAAGCAAAAUCCAUGUGAUAUGAACAACUCAAAAAGCUGGUGGACACCAAAAAGAGACAAUAUGCCUCUCUACAACAAUACUCUCACAUGCAAUUGUAACUUCACCCAUGGUGUAUGCCAUGUUGAGAGCAUCGUUUUAAAGGGACAAGAUCUGCAAGGAGUCCUUCCUCCUUCCCUGGCGAAGCUACCCUUCUUGAAGACCAUCGAUCUCACUCGAAACUACUUGAGUGGUACAAUUCCCCCAGAAUGGGCCUCUACCAAAUUGGAGUAUUUGUCGGUGGUUGUCAAUCGGCUGUCUGGACCGAUUCCAAAGUUCUUGGGGAAUAUGACUGCUCUUGCGUAUUUAAAUUUAGAGAACAAUAUGUUCAAUGGAACUGUCCCCCCUGAGCUUGGGAAGCUUGCCAAUUUGCAGAAUCUCAUUCUCGGUGCUAAUAAUCUCACUGGGGAAUUGCCAAAAGAGCUUAAUGCUCUUACAAACUUGACAGAGCUAAGACUGAGCAGUAAUAUGUUCACUGGGAAAUUGCCCAACUUUCAGAGCUGGAAAAGUCUUCAGCAAUUAGAGCUUCAGGGAAGUGGUUUUGAAGGACCCAUACCUUCAAGUAUUUCUGUAUUGACCGACAUGGUUGAACUUAGAAUAAGUGACCUGAAUGGCGGAGGUGCCUCCAGAUUUCCAGCAUUAAACAGCAUGACUGGCAUGAAAAAGUUGAUGUUGAAGGGCUGUAAUAUCUUUGGGAGGAUACCAGACUUAACUCACAUGACGAACUUGCAAUAUCUAGAUUUGAGUUUUAAUAAUAUUGAAGGAGGGAUUGAUGGUCUUCAACGUCUUGAAAAUGUCCAGUUCAUGUAUCUGACGAAUAACUCGCUUAGUGGGCCAAUUCCUCAGUGGGCUUUAAAUACAGAUUCAAGACAUGACAUAGACCUUUCUUACAAUAACUUUGAGGAGAGCUCUGUGCCAUCAACCUGUCGAGAAACCUUGUAAGAUUUUGCCAUUUUUGUGCAUGUAAUGUUUCUUUUUAACAAAAAUAAUUUUAGCUGACUUUUGCAUUGGCGCUAGAAACUUAUUCAAAAGCUAUCGCGGAGGAAAUAAUUUGUAAGUCUUAACAUUUUCCAACACAUCAUGGUUGUUGCUACACACUAAAUUUAGGUUAGCCUCUCAAGACUAAAAAUCUUACUUACCUUAUCUCUUUGUAUAGAGAAGCUGGGAAGUGUCUAAGUCAAUGUACUAAAGAUUGGUAUUCAUUCCACAUUAAUUGUGGUGGAGACAAUGUGUUGAUUGGUGAUACCACAUAUGAAGCAGACGAAGAUUCUGCAGGUUUUGCAAAAUUUGUUCCUAACAGAGAGAAUUGGGUAACCAGUACUACAGGGGUCUUUUGGGAUAGAAAUAAAACACUUUCUGACUAUAAAGCAACAAACAUAUCCGUUAUCAAGGGACAAGACUCUGAGCUCUACACAACGGCUCGGCUAUCUCCUUUAUCUCUCACUUACUAUGGACGUUGUUUAGCUAAUGGAAACUAUACUGUGAAACUUCAUUUUGCGGAGAUAGUUCUGAGAGAUAAUAGCUCUUAUCAGAGUCUUGGAAGGCGCAUAUUUGAUGUAUAUAUACAGGGUGAGAGGAAAUUGAAAGACUUCAACAUUAGAACUGCUGCGCAAGGUGUUGAUAAAGCCUGGGUAGAACAAUUUAAAGUACCUGUCAAAGAUAAAACUCUAGAGGUGCGCUUUGAGUUUGCUGGGAAAGGAACAACAGCAGUCCCAAGUAGAGGAUCAUAUGGUCCUUUAGUAUCUGCCAUUUCUGUGCAAUCUGGUAAAAUCAGUGUAAAUUAUUUGUCAAAGUAUAACAAUUAGGGUGAAUAAUACGGUAUUUUUAUGUAUAGAAUGUGUGUGUGCACAGUGUAUUUAUGAUUUUAUUUUGAAAAGGGUUAGUAUUUAGCUACUCUUAACUAAUUUUGCACAUUAGUAGUUCAUAGUUUCUGGUUGAUUGCAGAUACAUAAUGAAAAAACAUAUAACUCAUUCUUGUGUCUCUUUGAUAAAUGUGCAGAUUUCAAGCCUCCCAAGAAGAGAAAAGUUUUAAUCAUAGCCAUUGCUGUACCUUCUUCUUUAUUUCUUAUUCUCACAAUUAUUUGUUUCACUUGGUGGAAAAUGUGGAUGCGAAAGAAGGCCUCACAAGGAGACGGUAAUAUACACUUUUUGGUCCA